AUGGACAAUGCUGAUAAUGAGGAAAAGUUUGAUGAAUGCUUAGCAAGUAUUAGGGAAAGACUUAAUGCAAUUCCUUUGCCGGUUCAGUUUCCUAUUGGGGUUGGCAAAGACUUAAAGGGAGUGGUUGAUAUUGUAGAACAGAAAGCCUACUAUUUUCAGACGGGGGAUAGAGAUGAAAAUUAUCAGAUUAAAGAAAUUCCGUCCAACUUCCUGGAAAAAACCAAGCAAUACCGUCGAAAAUUACUUGAAGGACUUGAAAAAAUAACCGAGCAGGAUGAAGAACUGGCGAUGAAGUAUUUAGAAGGUCAGGAGUUGCAAACUGAAGAAAUCAAAAAAUUAUUACGUCAAGCAACUUUAACUGGUAAUUUUUUUCCUUUAUUUUGCGGUUCUGCCUACCGAAAUGUGGGAGUAAAAAUGGUUCUAGAUGGGAUAGUUGAUUAUUUACCUUCUCCUUUAGAAGUGGAUGAAAUACCAGUUUUUUCUCCGCAAAGUAAAAAACCAGAAGGAUUAAUUAAUUGUAAUAGUCCAGUAACUAAUUCUUACGUAUGGAAUGGCAACAUUAAUAAAAAGGUUCGAGUUAGUCGGUUAGUAAAGAUGCACGCAGACAAAAAAGAUGAAAUCAAAGAAGUGGGAGCGGGAGAUAUUGCGGCAGCAGUCGGGCUGGAAAGCACAGUUACGGGUAAUACGCUGUGUGGAGAAGAUAAAAUUUUGUUACUGGAAGCAAUUGAUUUUCCUGAAACGGUAAUUUCCCAAGCUAUUGAGCCAAAAACUAAUGAAGACAAGGAUAAGUUGCGAAACGGAUUAGAAAAGUUAAAAGUUCAAGAUCCUAGUUUUAAGUAUUGGAUAGAUCGAGAAACUGGGCAAAUGAUUAUUGCGGGAAUGGGCGAGUUGCAUUUAGAGAUUUUAGUAGAAAGGUUAAGGAGUGAGUGCAAAGUAAAUAUUGAAACUAAGCAGCAAAAAGUUGCCUAUCGUGAAACUAUUAAAAACAAGGAUAGUGUUAAAUAUUUACAUAAAAAACAGAGUGGGGGUGCUGGUGAACGAGCUGAAGUUCACUUAGAAUUUGAACCUAAUCCAGGAAAAGGUUUUGAAUUUAUAGAUGCUAUUCGAGGUGAAGAUAUCCCGAAGCAAUUUCGCCCAGCGGUAAAAGAUGGCUUAGAGAAUGUUUUUUCUCGCGGGGUUCUUUUAGGUUAUCCAAUAGUUGAUGUAAAAGUCACUCUUCGCGGGGGAGCUUUUGAAAGAGCUGGUUAUGAUGCUUUCAAAGAAAAUACUGAGAAGUUUAAAUUAACUUUAUUAGAACCAAUUAUGCAAGUUGAAGUAAGUACACCGGGUGAUUAUUAUGGUAAUGUCUUGGGAGAUUUAAAUCGGCGCCGAGGAGAAAUUGAAAAAGAGGAAGAAAUCAGUCAAACUAAGAAUUUAUAUGUGAAAGUUCCUUUAGCGGAAAUGUUUGGUUAUUCUACACAGUUGCGUUCCCUGACUCAAGGCCGCGCUAGCUAUUCGAUGUAUUUUUCUCAUUAUCAGGAAGUUCCAUCAGGUAUAUUACAAAAGAUAAUGAAAGAGGAAAAAUUGAGUUAG